AUGUCAGUUAAUAAACCAACUACAUUCACUCGAAAACAACCUGCUGCUGCUGCUGGUGGACAGUCAUCAUCAUCUUCACCAAUUACACCAUCGGCAAACAAGUUACCAGGAGGAUGCAAGUUAUCAUUACAGAAUGGUAACUUGCUGACUAGUACGGGAUUAGGAGAUUUAGAUGAUAUCCUCGGCGGAGGUAUUCCAAUUGGUUCGAUUCUCAUGGUUGAAGAAGACAUUAAUUCAAGCUUUUACAUGUUUCUACUCAAAUAUUUCCUCGCUGAAGGUAUCACUCAACACCACGGUGUCUUUUUCUCAUCGUUGAUUGGACAUGAUGCAUUUGACAUUCUCAACAAACUGCCAGCACGUAUGACUCGACAAGAAGAAUUGGAUGCCGAUACAGAAGAACAAAGUAAUCAACGUAAACAACAUGGUGGUAGUGGUGGUAAUAGCGGUAGCGAUGACCUAAAGAUAGCAUGGAGAUAUCAAAACUACAUAGAUGCAGAGAAUGCUAAAAAGGCAAGCGGUGCAACACAACAACAAAACCAAUCGUCACCGUUCUGUCAUGCAUACGACUUUACAAGAAAGAUGAAUAUCCAAUCAAUCGAUCCUAACCAUCUACACACACUAUCGUACACGAGUCAGACACAGUCCGAGUCAUCAUCACCAUACCGUAGUCUCUAUAUGGAACUACAACAACUCGUUCAAAAAUACAAUCAAAGUGCCUCUCAAGGUGGUCCUAUCAACGAAUCAACUAAAAUAUUAAGAUUGGCAUUACAAUCUUUUGCUUCUCCUUUAUGGUCAAAUGAUGAGGAAGGAGUAAUAGAAUUUUUACAUUCACUUAAAGGAUUAUUAAGAUCAUCAGUUUCAGUUUGUGUGAUUACAGUACCAACUUAUAUUUAUAGUGAAUCUUUUGUUAAAAAGAUUAGUCAUAUGUGCGAUACGGUGGUAUCGAUCAACUCGUUUAGUGGAAUGGGAUCGACACCAGAAGCAUUCCAAGAGUAUUUGGGAAUGUUUACCGUUAAAAAGAUUGCUAGAUUAAAUACACUUGCUCCAUCAUUCAAUCCAGACAUGUUGUCAUUUGUUUUCAAGAUGCGUAGAAGAACAAUGGCCAUUGAAAAGAUUUCUUUGCAACCUGAAUUUAGCAGAUCUGGUGAUUCAUCUUCCUCGGAUCAACAAGAUAAAACUAAAUCUAAAAAGGAGGAUAUAGUUAGUAAAAUGAAAUCUGGUAGUGGUUUAUUAUGUGGUGCUGGUGGUCCUAAAUCACAAAUUGGUUCUUCACCUUUAGAUUUUUAA